UCAGCGCGCCGCGCGGGGCGGGCGGUGGCGGCGGCGCCGUUAAAGGCCAGCGGCGGCGCGGGCAGCGCUAAACGGCCUGGGCUCGGCGUCGGAGGGGGAGUGAGGCACAGCGAGGCAGCAGCGACGGCUCCAGUCAUCCACUUUCCCAGUCACCAUGUCGGGCACCCGGGCGUCUAACGACCGCAGCAGCCAUCCUGGCGGCGGGCUCAAGCGGGCGCGCAGCGAGCCGGGCGGUAACAAAGUGACGGUGGUGCUGGGGGCACAGUGGGGCGACGAGGGCAAGGGCAAGGUGGUCGACCUGCUGGCCACCGAGUCGGACAUUGUGUGCCGGUGCCAGGGUGGGAAUAACGCAGGCCACACUGUCGUUGUUGAUGGGAAAGAAUAUGAUUUUCACCUAUUUCCUAGUGGCAUCAUCAAUCCAAAGGCAAUUUCUUUUAUUGGUAAUGGAGUGGUUGUACAUUUACCAGGCCUGUUUGAAGAAGCUGAAAAGAAUGAAAAGGAAGGUUUAAAAGAUUGGGAGAAAAGACUGAUUAUAUCAGACAGAGCACAUAUAGUGUUUGACUUUCAUCAGGCAGUAGAUGGGCUCCAGGAAGUGCAACGUCAAGCACAAGAAGGAAAAAAUAUUGGCACAACGAAGAAGGGGAUUGGACCAACAUACUCUUCCAAAGCUGCACGAACAGGUCUUCGUAUUUGUGACCUCCUUUCUGACUUUGAUGAAUUUUCUUCAAGAUUCAAAAAUCUGGCACAACAAUACAAGUCAAUGUUUCCCACACUGGAAAUAGACACAGAAGGGCAACUCAAAAAGUUGAAGGGAUAUGCUGAAAAAAUAAGACCCAUGGUUCGAGACGGUGUGUAUUUUAUGUAUGAAGCACUUCAUGGCUCCCCAAAGAAGAUCCUUGUUGAAGGAGCCAAUGCAGCAUUACUUGAUAUUGACUUUGGCACAUAUCCUUUCGUGACUUCAUCGAACUGCACAGUAGGUGGUGUGUGCACUGGACUCGGUGUUCCUCCCCAGCACGUUGGUGAUGUGUACGGUGUGGUGAAGGCAUAUACAACUCGAGUGGGAAUUGGAGCCUUCCCCACUGAGCAGAUUAAUGAAAUUGGAGAUCUUUUACAGUCCCGUGGCCAUGAGUGGGGAGUCACUACAGGCAGAAAGAGACGCUGUGGCUGGUUAGAUCUUGUCACUUUGAAAUAUGCUCAUAUGAUCAACGGAUUCACUGCCUUGGCGUUAACAAAACUGGAUAUUCUCGAUGUCCUUGAUGAAAUUAAAAUUGGCGUUGCUUACAAACUGGGUGGAAAAAGAAUUCCCUAUUUUCCAGCCAAUCAAGAGAUACUACAGAAAGUAGAAGUAGAGUAUGAAACAAUGCCUGGGUGGAAGUCUGACACAACUGGUGCACGAAAAUGGGAGGAUCUUCCCCCUAAAGCCCAGAAUUACAUCCGCUGUGUGGAAAACCAUGUUGGAGUACCAGUGAAAUGGGUCGGAGUUGGAAAGUCAAGAGAGUCAAUGAUCCAGCUGUUUUAAAGGAAUGAAGAACUUCAGUGAGAAGCACAAUUUAGCAUUCACCUGUUCUUUACUGCUUCCUCUUUAAAUUGAGAUGCUAUUUAAAGCCAACAUGUUCUUCUUGGAAUUGGAUAGAAACAAAAUAUAUAUUCUAUGUUGCAACAUUUUAUUUAAGUUCUCAGUAAAUCCAGUGUAAAAUCUCCUUGGUGUGCCAUCAUAAAGACAAAUAUCUUUAACUAAAUAAGUAGUUUAUUUUAAUUUGAGCCAUGUUACUAUUUGAAAGUAUUUUCAUCCAUAUUAGAGUUACUUCUUGCUGAAACCAGUAUUAAGCCUGUUCAGUAGUUAUUGGGUAACUUUAGAAUUGUAAAGCUUGGAUUUGUUCUUCAACUUCAAAUGUUAAAAUGUUUAUGUAUCUGGGUUGGCAGUAAUAAGAGAGGAACUGUGCUUAGAUUUGUUGGAUUAUACAGAUUUCUGGUUUAUACAAUACAGUGAUGUUAGGUAGGUGGUUUUGACUGCGCGAAGCAAACAAAAAUAUCUAUGAAUGGUGAGCGGAUAAAACGCUUUUAUCACAGAGGCUAUCCUAACAACUCAGAUAACAUCUGUAGAGGGGCCAAACUGGGCAAAGUAGACCUGUCUAAUCGUUCUUACAAAUGUCUUGUGUACUAACAAACUAUCUCCCUGGAGACCAUCAGAUGUGCAGCUUUUGUGAGUACGGAAGGCAUGAGCGAAGGUGGAACAGAGAGUCGCCUCAGGGGUAUGAAACACACAGGGAGAGCAGAGACAAGAUAGCACGCUAUGUUUUCUCAGUGAACCCAAAAUGUUUCUUCCUGCUAGUGCAGAGAUUGUAAUUUCCAAAGUUUCACUGCAGUUCUCUGAGGAACUUGGGACCUGUGGCUGUAAGGCAUACUCCUUUCCACAGCUCCUAAGUUUCCAAGAAUAAAUCAAUGCAUGACUUCAUGAUGACUGCUGCAGUAUUUACACGCCUCACACUUUAUGACCUUCCUCAGCAAAAAUGUAAUAUCUAUUUAUAGAAGGGCAUGACAUGUGACAGCCAGGGUUGAGCCAUGUAGAAGCCAGGGAAGGGUCCCAGAGUCUUCAAGAGUACACUUGGUUUUCUUUGUGGAUCUUCUAAUUCAUAAUGGCUAUACUUCAAGAGCUCUCAAGAAAAAUACCUACCUCUUGUAGAGGAAGAAAAUAGACACCAGAAAUGGAGUUAUUUCCUAACUGCAGCAUUUUCUGAGUAAGUGUUCCUUUUCUAUAUGUCUGAGAGCUAUAACAAUAUUUUUGUAUCAUUCCCAGGGGCUGUGGAAAUGGCAUCACACCCUCAGUAACACCACUGUGUAGUGUGGAAAAUACCCCUUUUCUGAGAUAACUUCCAAGGAUGCAAAGCAAAGACAUUUUUGCAUCGGAGAUGGGGAAAAGGAAAAACCUGUCUGGAGUACCUCAUGUCAUACUCAUUCCCUUUGUCUUUUCUCACUCCAUAUUAAAUAACAGUUAAUGUUAAACCCAUUUGUGUCAAGAAGCAAUUACAAAAGUACCAGUGCAAGCAUAUAGCGAACACUAAAUUGAACUGCUCACAGAUGUGUUGCUGCUUUUGUAGCAGAAUUCUUGCACCCUCUGGCUGCAGUGCAGUCUCUUCAUACACCAGGUAUCAGACUGGCUUUAUGCCUCUAGCAAAUACUCACUCUGUCUGAAAAAAAUAGCCCAAAGUGAGUCCUUAAUUCAGCUACAACUCCUUUGUCAAUCUCUUACAAUUGUUUCCUCUCCUUGCUGCUGUUUUUGCAGUCUGUACAAUGGCAAUUAGGAUUUCAUUCUCACCUCUUUUACACUGCUUCUUGGAUGUCUGGGAGUCAAGCCCUUCAGUCCUUCCUCUGUCAUUGAGGAGAAAGCUCUCCCCCUCAUAUUUAUGGAUAUUAUAAUGAAAGAGCAAUGAGAUUUCUGACCUUAUUUAAUGUUUGCAAAGCACUUCUGAAAGGUGCUUGGUAAGUGCUAAUUAUUACAAGCACUGUGAAAUGUGCCUCAUUUAUAUGAGAUAAUUUAAGCACAAGGAUGCUUGGAGGUACAGUAAUUUAAGUUUUGUUUUCACAUGGCUUAACCUUCUGACAUUUGCCUACUGGAUGAUCAAGAUCUCUUCCUGUUCUUGGCCCCAUUUUCAUCAAUGCAUUUGUACUAGGAGUUUGCAGCUAUAUUUAAGCUUUAGUUGAUUUGCAGGUGAAGUCCUGCAUGAGCAAGCCACUCAGUGUGCUGAAUAACUGGAUUAAAUGAUCAGCUCUAAAUGAAGUUAGGUUUUAUAGCUUAAUUUUCACAGGAUUACUUUCUCUUGUUCACCUAAUCUUUUUAUUUUCCAUUAAGUAAUUUUUCCAUUAGAGUCACAUUGCCGGUCUCUGCAUUCAAAGAUUCAUCAAAAACUCAGUGAUGAUGUCAGUUGGCAUGAUGUAAUAGGUGAUUAUCCCAUGACUUAUUCUGCUACCAUAAAAAUCCCAUGCAUUUCAUUUCAUAGUGUGGAUUCUUAAAUGAAGCUUCUACUCCAAUUGAAUUUUGUGUGUGUUGUCACCGAGUUAAAUGUGAGUAAGUUCAGGCUUUAAUCAAAAGGCUCUUUAAUCUACUGGGUAAUACAAUGCUUAAGAACAUUUUGAUGUACAUUUGCUUUCAUUUUGGCUCUUUCCAUUAUUUUGUAUUGUUUGGGGUUUCAUUUUCAUAACAAUCACUGUGAUGAAUUUAAUUUCUUCUUUCUCCCCAGGCAAAUGCAGUAAUAAUGAAUAAAACUGUUUGAUGCAUCAUCCUGUUAGAUAUCUGGAUGGAAGAAUAAGGAUAAACAUCUACCAAAAUGGCAGAAUUUGUGGCAAAGGUUAUAGGUUUUUAAAAGUAGCAGUUACUAAUUCACUUGUGCACAUUAAUGUGUUUGACGUUUUCUCACAUUCACCCUUACGAUGUGGCCUUCAUAGUCAGGUGUAUGCUUCCUAAUACAGGCAGUGUAGGAUUUUGAAGCUUUUGUAACCUUUUUUUGGCUAUGUAUGGUCUUACAGUUCUGGCAUAAUGCAUUUUAUAAAAGGAAAGGGAAUGAAGCAUUUCCAUAGUAACAUGCAAACUAUACUUAUGCCUUAUGCAGAUUUUUUUCAGAUGAAUUUUGGAUCCACACCUGUUUAUUUUGUCCUGAAAGACACAUUAAAACCAAUUUAAAG